CACGUCGUCACAGACAUGUUACCCACUUUGUCUAUUUACAAAAAAGAAAUGGCAACAGAUAUAUCAAAAAUACUUAAAAUUACAUAAUUACCCUUGAACCGCGUGAUGCGAAUCAAAUAUUUCCCUUCUCCCGCUUUUGCAUUUUGAUCAUCCAUUUUUCAUCUCACCGUCGCCGACGAGAAAUCGCGAGCCAUGGCCGGAGAAUUCAACUCCGGAGAUUCCCAUAGAACAAAGCUUUCCUCAGAUAUGAACAAUAAUACUUCCGGCGAGUUUCCCGGUGAUUUCCAGAGAACGAGAACCGGGCCACCGGCAGGGACUUACCUCGUUCAAAUCCCAAAGGAACAGAUCUACCGCGUCCCUCCGCCGGAAAAUGCCCACCGUUACGAUUACCUAUCUCGCCGUAAAACCAGACGCCGUUCGCUUUGCCGGAGAUGCGUCUGCUCCUUCCUAGCCGCCGUCCUGAUCUUCGCCGUCCUCGCUACGAUCGCCGCCGCUGUCCUCUACCUCGUCUAUCGGCCGGAGAAGCCACGCUUCUCCGUCGCCAGAGUCUCCAUCACCGGUUUCAACCUGACAUCACCGUCACUGACUUCGCCGGAAAUUGAAGUCACGUUCAGAUUGGAGAACCCAAACGGCAAACUCGGUUUCUUCUACGAGAAAGGAAGCACGGCGAAGAUAUAUCAUGACGGAGUCAACUUCGGUAACGGCGUGACGCCGUCAUUUAAGCAGCCGGCAAAAAAUAUAACGACGUUAAUGACGGCGUUAAAGGGGUCUGGUAUUCAGUUAACGGCUUCGAUGCGAAAAGAGUUAACGGAGGCGCAGAAGAAGGGGACGUUGCCGUUUAGCCUUAAGAUUGAUGCGCCUGUUAAGGUUAAUGUGGGGUCCGUUACGACGUGGACGAUGUCCGUUACGGUGGACUGUGAGAUCGCGGUGGAUAAGUUGACAGCGUCAGCCGAUGUGGUGACGGAGAAGUGCCGUACGGGCUUGCACCCCUGGUGACUGCUGGUGAGAGAAAGUAAAUAAGUUUUCUAUAUUCACCCCAAUAUUACAUAAAAUUUUCAAUUGUUCCCGAAAUAUAUGUCGUUAUCAAGGAGACCCCGUUGAUUGAAGGCAUCCAAGGAUUUGCAAUGCCCUUUUCUUUACAUUAUUCAAAUCCUAAUUUACUGUAAUAGAGUUAGCAUCACAUCGAACGGGAACGACAUUGUCAAGUGACGUUUGGAUACAAAACUUAACGCGAUCUCGAAUUUGCGUCAUCACAUGUAUACUUUCUUUU